UAGCACCCAUAAGACUUACGUCGAGAAAGGCUAGAUAGAAAAAUACGGAUAUUCGACAUAUAAUAAAUACCUCACUGUUUUCAUAAACAUUACAGUAUUCUAGGAUUUGAUAUUUCUGCACAAAGUAGAAGUCAGUGUGAUCCUUGAAGAUACAGAAUGUCGGUCGACAGUGUUUUUCGAACGCGUUCUCUCGGCGUUGCUGCGGUGGGUCUUCCUGAUCAGUAUGCCGACGGAAAAGCAGCAAAAGUGUGGCAGCUGUACAUCGGAGACACGCGGAGUAGAACGGAAGAAUACAAAAGCUGGGUGGUGUCCCUGCUAAAACGACAUGAUGUGCAAAGGAUACUGGAUGUAGCCUGCGGCACAGGAGUGGACUCCAUCAUGUUGGUGGAGGAGGGAUUCAAGAUGACGAGCGUGGACGCCAGUGACAAAAUGCUCAAGUACGCCCUGAAGGAAAGGUGGGAGAGAAGAAAAGAGUGUGCCUUUGACCAAUGGGUGAUCGAAGAGGCCAACUGGCUGACGUUAACAGAAGAUGUGCAGAAGCCAGGGAACGGGUUUGAUGCAGUCAUCUGCCUGGGAAACUCCUUCGCUCACUUGCCAGACUUCAAAGGGGACCAGAGUGAUCAGAAGUUAGCCCUGCAGAACAUCGCCAGCAUGGUGAAACCAGGGGGCAUCCUAAUCAUCGACCACCGUAACUACGACUACAUUCUGGAGACAGGCAGAGCGCCCCAGGGCAAGAACAUCUACUACAAGAGUGAUCUUACUCAGGACAUCACCACCUCUGUGCUGUGGGUUGACAACAAGCCUCACAUGAUCACCCUGGACUACACCGUACAGGUGCCAGAGGGCCCACAGAGUUCCCCCGAACUCAGCAAAUUCCGCCUGUCCUAUUACCCUCACCGUAUUGACAACUUUAAAGAGAUCCUGAUGGGAGCCUUCCACGGGAAGUGUGAGCACAGUGUCUACGGCGACUUCAAGAACUACACCCCCGGCCAGAGCCAGGCCCCCUGCUACUUCAUCCACGUGGUCAAGAAGACCGCUUAGUAACCCCACCAAACUUUCCCACGAUUUUGUAUCUCCAACCCCCAUUAUUCCUCCCUACAUUUUCUGUCGUGUCUGUCUUCUGCUGA